AUGGUCGCCCUCCACGCCUCGCUCACCCGGCGUUGGCGCUCCCACUCGGCAAGCCACACCGAGAACUUCGGGCCGCUCAUCGGCUUGAGCGGCAGGUCCUCGUGGUACCAGCGGCCGCCCCGCGUGAAGUCGAGGAGCUUUGCCGGGACGAACUGCCCGCCGUCGUACUUGCAGGCCGCGCGACGGCUGCCGGCGGCGGAUCUUUUGCAAAAAAGCCGCCAGCCCCUGCCUCGGCCGCCCCCCACCGCCGCGUCGCCCGCCGGCCGCCGCCGUCGUCCCACGGCCGCCCGCCCCCGUCCCCUCCCGCCAAGGCUGCCCGCCUCGUCCCCGCCCGCCAAGGCCGCCCGCCCCCGUCCCCGCCUCGCCAAGGCCGCCCGCCCCGUCCCCGCCCACGGCCGCCGCGCCGCCGCCCGCCACGGCCGCGCCAGCCUUGGCCGCGUCUCGCUCCGGCCGGCCGGCCGCCGCCCGCCACGGCCGGCUGCGCCGCUGCCUCGCCACGGCCGCGCCAGCCUUGGCGGCUGCUGCACCUCGUCCGCCUCCCCAACCCCACCUGCGCUCCCACCUGCAGGUCCUCAAGCCGACCAACCCGCCGCUGGCACCCACGGCGCGAAUUCACCGGCGAACCGAGCCGCCGCCACGCCAACAGCCUUCGUGGAAGCAGUUGCGAUUUCUGAAAAUUCAGCGCGCCACGAGUGA